AUUUAACAACGCGUUUGUCUCUUGUCAUAUUUCUUAUUAAAUUAUCCUCCUUAAAAUUAAUAAUAAGGAAUAAAUUUUCUGGUGAUUUAUUACUUAUAUUUAUGCGCACAUUAUUUUAUCUGUCUAUUUUGUUGUUAAUAGAAAACUGGAAAUGAAUUAUCGCUUAGUUUGGAAAAAUAUCUUUAUGUAUAUGUGGUUUAUUUUUAGAAACUGGACAAGAUAUUGAAUCGGAAAAUUGAGCAGGUCAAGGGCCAUUUAUAUAGACUUUGAUCAAUUGUAAUUGACAUGCGACAACUUAAAUAUCUAGAACACGUGCACAGAGUCGGAACGCAAUCCGAGGGACAACUUAUGACCAGGUUAUAUUUUGUAGUAGAAUUUUUGUAGGCUAAGAAUCUAGGGAAACAGGCCAGCAAAUUAUCUAAAAACGGGAGAAUUGAAGCAUUAGUUUUGGGAUUAUGAGCUCAGGUGUUGGGCUGAUAGUAACUCGCUGAAGAGAGUGAGAGAGGGAGAGUUCUAAUUGACUGUGUACUUCUUGCUUGGAAUGAAACUUCCGAUAUACGAAUACGAAUCCGCCGCAGACGAAUCCGAUAUACAAAUUAGCCAGAAUGGCUUGUUAGUUCAGAUUGUCAAACUGCCAUUUCUGCUAAAUAUCUGGAAGUAUUACAGUUUUCAGUGUUGUCAAAUGUGAAAGGCUCAAAGAUGCCUCAAGGUCUGUGGAGGAUGUAAAUGCAAAGUGCUGUUAAAGCUCAUUUCUUUAGUGAAAAACUGUGCUGAUGAAGAAAUAUACGCAUCUGUUAUAUAUAAAAUGCAAGAAGAAAUACUACUAAUACAAAAAGUGAUUAUAUGGACAAAGGAAUUGAAGAAGCUGCAAUUGAGUGAGUUAUAUGAAUGAGAUCAUACGGAACUGAGGGGCGUAAGAAAGACAGUCCACAGGUUCCUCCAAAUGAUAGAGUUUAUGACUACAUUUUGUUUCGUGGGAGUGACAUUAAGGAUUUGCAAGUAAAGUCCUCUCCACCUCCUCAAGUGGAAGAAUCAUUGGAUAACGAUCCUGCAAUUAUUCAGUCACGCUGUGCUGGAGUCCAUCCAAGCUCUUCAAAACCAGUUUCGCUGAAUGGUGGAUCUUUGACAGAAUAUGGCACUUACAAGGGACCUGCUUCCUUGAAUAGUGUGCCAGCUUCACAUCAAUCAGUAAACCAUUUUGAACAAGGCAGUUCUGAGGCAACUCAAUCCAACUUUGGUUCUUAUACAACGCCAACUUACGGACAAAGACACAGUGAACCUGCAAGCAGUCACCGUGCUCCACAGCAUUCUCUUCUACCUGCUGUUUCACAUCCAAUGAUGCAGGAUUUGCUGCAGGCUUAUCCACUCCAGGGUCCUGAACCUUUCACAUCAACUGUUCUAUCAAAAUCCGUAGCUUCAGUGCCUUUGGUUAACACUGCAAAUUCUUUAUCUUUAACUAGUAGACAUAGUCUUGCACCCCAACAACUUCCCAUGGCUCCUAGUACUAACAUUAUAUCUCCCUUAUUAAAUGUAUCAUCUUCAAUGUCUUCUUAUGCGUAUGCUCCUUCUGCAUUUGCCCAAUCUGGUCAAAAUGUGGGUUCUUAUGCGUAUGCUCCUUCGGCAUUUCCCCAAUCUGGUCAAAGUGUGGGCAACUCUGGUGCUCCAAUCCUUGCUAGAAUAGGUUCUAACACUUCACCCUUCUAUCCUGUAUCCCCAGUUGUAGAUUCCUCAUCAGGUGUCUUUCCACAGCAACCCCCUAGACUGCUAACUCCGGAUCAGUUAUCUCUACCCAGAUUAUCUGGGCAAUUAUAUUCAGAUCAGAAGGACCUUGGUGCUCUGAGCUCAGAACCUUUGAAUCCCUCAUCACUUGCUACUCCAGCAGUCCAAGCGCCAUUGUUGCCAUUGCCACCUGCUGCGAAGAAGUUGCAAUCAUCUUCUGAGUUUACUGAAGAAUUCGAUUUUGUUGCAAUGAAUGGGAAGUUUAAUAAGGAUGAAGUAUGGGGUUAUCUUGGAAAAGCAAAACAAACAGCUAAAACAAUGGACAGUGAGGACAUUGGCAAUGAGAACAAGGGGAAUGAAGACGGUUAUGGCUUGGAUUGUAAUGCUGAUCCCAAACCUGCCUAUAAUAAGGAUGACUUCUUUGAUAAUAUAUCUCGUAACACAGUUGCUCGUGGAGGUAGGAAUGGGCAGAAUCGUUUUUCUCAGAGGAUGAGGCAGGAUACUGAGACUUUUGGUAACCAUCAACAGAGGCCUUAUCCUGGAUAUGGUGGCUAUGGGCCUGGACAUGGUGGGCACCGUGGUGGCUAUGGUAGGGGAAGGGGGUAUAAUAACUAUGGCAGUAGGGGCCGUGGAGGGUACAUGAGGAUGUAGCAUAUUCAGAGGAGUAUUGCCCGGUGUCUGCUUAUUUCAUUUUCAGAAGUACUCAAACAAAUGUCAGAGAAAAUCUCCCGCUAGUUUAAUGACAUUUGCUGAGGAGUUCAAUACCAAACUGCCAAUUACUACAGAUACAGGUGUAUUAGGAACUGUUUUUCAUGGCUGGCUCAUGUUGUUUUUGGUCCAGUGAGUCAGUUUUCUCUGUAGGCUUCUUUAUGCAACUAUUUCUAUGGUAUGGGUUCCAUGGGAAUUUGAGUUUUUUGAUCAGUUCACUUGGUUCUGUUACCUAAUUUACGCAACUUUUGCUCAAGGUGGAUUGAGAGUCGUCAUACUCCCAAACUGUAGUUUCUUUAGCUCAAAUCGGACUGAGGAAGUAAACUUGUCUUCUUAUCAUUUUCUUCGGUUUAAAAAAUCAUGUUCUAUCUUAUACUUGUCUAGACCGAAAUAUCCUUUUAGUGACGUUUUCUAAUGAAGGUGCACUUGCAGGUUAAUA